AUGCGACACGAAAGACGGACGGAAUAUGUCCAUGAGGUCGACCAGGAGCACUCAUUGCAAAAUUCCACCGAUGCGAACAUACCGGGACCAGUGACAAUGGAAGCGCUGCGCAAUAUGUCACACAAACUAUCGUCAAAAGAACCCGAACUUCUACAAGUACCAGUCAGACACAGUCUGCCCUUAAAACCAUCCUCCGACGAUUAUGACUCCGACUUUUCAGACACCUAUGACGCGGACGAUCCUGAUGAUUUGGAAGAAGAAGAAAAGGCAUUGGUCACCGCAUACCUACAUGACCCUCCAGCUCUGCAUAUCCGACGGACGUUGGACCAGUACUACUACCAUAUGCUUGACAACACGAAAGAGCGCGACAUGGACCAGGUAGUGUCUCGAUGGGCAAAACACACGAAAGCCGAGGCUCGGCACAAUAUUCUUAUGGUGGAUCAACUCUGGCUUUGGUCCACUCAUCAGAAAUUGUCUCCAAACAAAGCUCAAGACAAAUCAUCUGAAACUCGGACGAACCGUGAGCAGAUGGAUAUGAACAACGGGAAUAAACGGGAUGAAGAACCCCAAGACCACUAUGUCAUAUCUUGCUUCCCAAGCAGAACAGGAACCGGCCAGCAUGCGCACCGCGUCAUGGACGAUCUUAGACUACUAGUCUUAGAUCCGACGCACCGAAAACGAUAUCCUAUCCGUAAGCCGGAAGAUCUCACUUCACGCAUCUUGGAGACCUGCUGCAGCGUUUUUGAUAGGCUGCUGGAUGCGGAGCCGCUUCGCUUUUUCCAGAUGUUCGAAGAGAGUGUUGGAACGAUAGACGACAAGGAGAGCCGGCUCUUUCGAUCCUUUCAACGCGGAUCUACACAUCUUAUGCAGCUCAAAGGAACCAACAAGUACUACGAAGAAAGAAAGAAUAAACUUCUCGUCGAUCUCCUCGACAUCCGCGAGGAAGUGAAGCUCUUGGUUGAGAUAAAAGACAUCCUCGAUGAGAUCAACAUCAUUCUCUCAGUACUAGACAUACAACGGACGGUCAUCCAGCAGCGACGGAAGGCGGAAGGGUUCACCUUCUUGGGUUCUUCAGCUGCAGAGGAUCUCAUCAAAGCCGACAUAGAUGACUUCAAGAAGCUUGAAGGCCACAGCCGCACGAUACAAGAGAAGAUCAAUACUUUGAUGGAUCUCAAACAGAAGGCUGCGAAUGCCUGGGAAGCACGAGAAGCUCGUGAAACCACAGUUGCAGCGAGUAAACAAGGAAAUGUAGGAAAUCCCUAUGUUGUCUCGUUCUACCCAGCUUACAAUGUACAGACGAUCUUGGUGUUCACGAUUGUGACCAUAGUGUUUCUUCCUUUGUCCUUCAUGUCUUCCUUUUUUGCGAUCGGCAUUGCCGCUUUCCCCAAAGACAAUAUCACUGGAGAGACCAACUGGCCGCUUGGUAUUGUUACUGGCCUAGUAUUCGGCAUAUCUCUCAGCGUUUCCAUUCCCCUCAUCGUUCUCGCACUGAACAUGGAGCACUGCGCAGCGACUUAUCGAGAACUACGCGACAACUACUUCGCGCGCAUUGGCAUGUAUCUUAUCGCGCUAGCGGUGCCCGUAAUACCAGAGAGAUUGGCCAACAUAUUGGGGGAAGAAUGGAAUGCAAAGCUGCAAAAACGCUAUGAGGCGUAUACAGAGGAUGGGUCACGAGACAUCAUGUCUAGCUCCACGUUGAUGGUUCACAAAGAGCGAGAGGAGACAUCGAUAAAUUAA